UCGUGAAGGAAGCACUGCUGUCACUAUCUCCUGCAAGCACGCUGCUGCAAAACAUGAGCGCUUCUGCUGUCGUGCGAAGGUUAGCGGCUCUUUCAGGAGCCUCUGCAGUGGCAGCAGGGGCAUACGGGGCUCACGGUUUCAAAGACAAAGACCCCGAUGACUACCAGAGAGUGCUCUAUGAAACGGCCAACAAGUACCACUUCUAUCACAGCCUGGCCCUGCUGGGCGCCGCCCACUCCGGCAAACCUGUCGUGGCCGGUACCCUCCUGAUAGCCGGCAUGGGGAUGUUCUGCGGCGCUCUGUACCACCAGGCUCUGACGGGGGACCCCGGUCUACGAAAAGUGGCCCCCAUGGGUGGCAUGGCGAUGAUCGCCGGCUGGCUGGCCAUGAUCCUCUGAAGUGCGACGGCUCACGUCGUCUCCACAUGUGACACUAGACGGGAUGAACCGGACAGCUCCAGCAGGGGGGGCCCUGAAGGGACCGCAGGGUCUUCAGGGUCUGGACGUCCACAUCUGUUUCUGACUGUUGCGUUUAAUCGGACAAGUAAAAGAAUGUGUUGAAUUUCUUACCUGAGUUUUUUGUUGUGGGUUAUUUUUAGUGAUGUCCUUUUCAGACUGGAAGGGAAAUUAAAUUAAUCAAUAUGCCAUUUUUCUUUAUGUUUGUUUCCCGUUGACAUUAAGAAUGAUUAUGAACAGUG